UAUUAUCAACUUUCUAUAAAAUCUUAAUAAACUCUUUCAAUAUUGUUUUCCAAUAACUCAAAAACUGUAAUAAAAAGCAAUGAAAAGUAAGUAACGAAUUAUAAGGAUUAAAGGAAAUAUUUUAAGGAUUUCUACAUCAAUCAUAGUAUUGUUGUUCCCAGCACAAUUGCGUUAGGGAAGACUGUCAAUCAUAAUAUGACGCAGGUUUCUUUUUGGGGUGCUCAAAAUGCUGGGUUUGAGCCAUCGAACCGUAUGCAAAUUGUAGGAUCACUCCGUCCGCAGGUAUAGAAAGUUUUGUCGAAAUGUGUGUAUACAAAAGAUUCUCAACACACAUAAGAAAAAAAAACUAUAUUUCCAUGUCCUGACCCGUUUAUAUCCGUGUGCGUUGGGGUGCCGAUUCACCAGCAGAGCUUUUGUGUGUGGCUAUGGCGAUUAUGUGAAAAAUUAAGUUAACCUUGGCUACGGGAUACUGCUAAUUGUUGAAAAAGGUUUUUGCGAACCGUCCCCGGGGGAAUUACCAUAUAGUGUUAGAAUCUAUUGACUGGGGGUUUCGCACCAACGGAACAGACUAAAGCUUGGGGAUUCAUUUUUUUCCAACAGCUUUCCUUCGAGACUCUUGAAUGGAGAGCCUGUAAGCGCCUGUACGAGGUAUAAAAUUUCUUCGGAUUUUACCUUUUUUAAUUGCAUUUAAUUAAAAAUAUCGCAUUUUGUUUUUAAUUGCAUCAUGGGUCUCAUUAGGUGUGAUCCCAUCCAUGAAGUGAUUGUUGGAAAGUAAUGAAUGGAAAUGGUUGGGUUCUCCUUAUCAUCUCUUCAUUUAGAACUGCUCUGCUGUUAGUUGAUCGCAUUUCAAAAUUGCUUAUUCUCCUUCAAAUGAACUGUGGAUAUUUUAAUAAGCGUUUAAACAAUGUUCUACUUGAGGAAUUCAUGAAAUAACUUCUCCUAUUAGUGACGGAGUUUAUCUACGAUAGUGAAAUUUACCUUAAUACCUUUUCAAAGGAACAAAGGGAGACAAAAAUAAAAUCCACAAAUUAAAAUCUACUUUCAAUUCGAUUCAAUUUAGUAAAUGGACAUUUCCUUCUCAAGAAUAAGACAAAACGCUCAACUCUUUACUUAUCCUUCGAAAUUGCAAUUUCUUAGAAUGUACGAUAUGUUAUUUACUUGGAACCGAUCGUCCGUAGCAAGGUUUGAUUACCUCGUGAUACGUGAUAAAAAUAAGUCUCGCAAAGUAGCAUGGAUACGGCAGUCACGACCUCACCUGGUCGUUGGGCCAAACAGGAGCGGGCAAAGUGUGACAGAGACAUUGGACGAGUAAACACAAUCAUUUAUAUGAAACCAUCAAACCACACCCUGCAUGCCUUUUUUUGUGUGUGUUGUUUCUAGCAGCACACCCUAACGCCUUACAAGUGGCAAAACACCAAUAAACAAACUACCGUGCUAUAAUAUAUCCACGUAUUGUGUGAUACUCAAGUAGAAAAAAUGUAGAUUUAUUUAGCUUAUUUGUUUUUAUACAAAAAACAACAUUCUAAACCUUGCACGUGUACUACAACCAUGCGUCUCCAUUAGAUUGCACUGAGAAUCAAAAUCAAUCAACAUCAAAUAUAAACAACAUUUACUAUUUUAGUUAAAAAUGUUUAGUAAUUCAUACAAAUAAUUAACACUGAAAUUUCACUGAAAAACUGUUUUUAAGAAAAUAUCUAUUUCAAAUUUUAACUACUCUAUCAAGCACUUAAAAACAACUUAAACUUUUGACGGCUUAAAGCUUGCUGAUAUUGCAUUAAAGCUACUAUACUCUGCUACUCUUUCUACUUGCCAUAGAAAAUGGAAACUUUGUACACUGGACAUAUCCAUGGAUUUCCUCCCUCAGCAAACAUAUCAUACGGAUCGUUAAGCACAGCAUGGGGCUCCCAGGGAGGUCUAAUUGCUUUAGGAGUAGUUCUUGGCAGCUCUGUUAGCUUAGUCGGGCUUGCAUUUGCUUUCAUAACGUACAGCUUAUUUUCAGAUUUAAAAUCAUUGGCAGGAACAACACUGUUAAGCCUGCUAGCUUCACUGUUUAUGAGCCAAUUAAUUUUUGUUAUUGGAGUAGGAGGAGUACAGGACUCCGAGCUUUGUCUGUCACUUUCCUUGGCACUACUGUUCAUGAAGCUGGCAUCACUCUGUUGGCUGUGUUGCUGCUGUCACCAUGCGCUCGUUUUAUUUCGCUCCAACACCAAUCUUCACUCGUAUCGCGAAUCAACCAUGGGCAAAACGUUGGUUAGUUAUAGUCUUGUGUCUUGGGGAUAUCCGUUGAUUAUGCUCGGCGUUGCUGCGGCCUUCAAAUAUAAGGAACGCGAGUUAAAAUUUAGCGGCUACGCGCACAUACAAGUCAUUGCACAAAUAGUGCAAGAGCUAAAUGGUGAAAACCAUUGCUGGUUAAUGGAAGGAGCGGCAUAUUUUUGGGGCUUUCUCAUGCCGGCAACUGUGUUGCUUUUUACCGGAUUUUAUCUAGCCUGUCAGGGGGAAGGAGCUAUCAAAAUUGCUGCAGCACUACAGGUUGAUUCCAGAGCAAAAAAUAAAUUAAUUAAAAAGCGUGGUUUGCAAAUUGGACUAUUUUUCAAGAUUUUGGUCGUGUUAUCAUCUGUUGUUGCUCUCGGUGCUAUUGCUUCUAUCUGGAAUGCAAUGGAGCUCUGGUCGAUAUACAGCAUUGCUCAGGGAGUACAGGGUCUCGUGGUAGCAUUGUUAGUGUCUUGUAACUGCAAAGUUUUGAAGCUCUAUUCUGCACCGAAAACUCACAAAACUCGCCGUGGCACGUACCGCAAUCUGAAGGACGGUGAUGGAGGUAAAUAUGGUAUCCUUUCGGUGUCCAACCCCAACUACGAGGAUAUAGUACAUAUCGGCAGUAUGCCCGAGGACAGUCCAUCGAGCCUUACCAAGAUGUCCUACAAAGAAGGUAGCUUCGUCGAUCGCAUCGAUAGCUCAGCACCGACAGCACUUGACUAUGCUUUUAAUGGUGAAUUGUCUACUUCACUCUCGAUUGAUGAGGUGUCGAAAACUCCCUUGCCGGUAUCAGUAUAGAUGAAGCUACAAGGCAGCAGUUGUUGAAAGUUUUAUGUUAAAACAAUACCAUGGAAUGCAGAAUUCGUCGGCCAGCUUGGUAAGACAAUAAGUUACCGGUGGGGAUAAUGAUUACUACGGUAUAAUCGCUUCAAACUAUCCUUAUAUGUAUAAACCAUAUUCAUAUCAAAGUCAUGAAAGUAAUGAAAUAUCAAAUAACUCGCCGUCCAAACAUAAUCAGUACUUUUUGUCCUAAGCACGCAAUAAAACAAAUUGGGGAAAUUUGUAAUACCUAUCUUUCUAAUUAGAAGUGUACAAACGUUACAAUCAUUUAGGGUACACUUUACAAAAGCAAUCAAAAGCUGGUACGAUUUGUUACCGCCAUGUUACGAAAUAUUUUCCUAACCUGUUUCGUUGAGCCAAACUUCGUGCGUAGACUCGAACAAAAGUUUUCAAUACUUUUGCCUUCAAACAAAACAGGCAAAACCCGCUCACAGCUAACAUAUCAACGUGGUGUGACACUAAUGCAACUGUCCAAAAAUCGAAACCGCCAAUUUGAUUCAAAUUGUAAGCCGCCUACUAUGUGUCGGAAUUCUAAGUAACCGUUACAAUCUGUUACUGCUUGUUAUCUUGCAGCAUUCAAAUAUAGUGGGCGUUACAUGAGGUAAAAGAAAAAUCUUUGAGGAAUUGAAUCUAAUCUUCAAGCUAUGUUCUACGUAGAGCUGUUAUAGAAUGGGAAUGGAUAGAUUGGAACCGUUUUUUUAGAUUAUUUUGCUACUCACGCGCAAUGGAAUUGUAUCAAGUCUUUUGAUGUUUUGCACUGUACAUACUGUUAGUAGCAAUAACAAAAAUGAUAAAAUGAAUGGAAUUGUCAAAACUAUUGGUCAUGAAGUAAAAUUACCCUCUUAAGUAAUUAAUAUUGCAACACUCUGCAGCAAAAACUAAAACUAUCACCCAUUCAUUGUCCCUUUUACCGCAUACUACUGCUAAAAAAGUAAGUGAUUAAGCUGGAAAUGUUAUUUACAAAGGUGUCGUACGUCAAUCAUUGCAAGUUACUAAUUCAUGUUUUUUGCCAAUGGCUUGAAAGACAUGGUCUAUUAUAUUUGGCACACUCGUUUCAUGUUUUCUGUCAAAUUGUUGUGAUAGUUGCACAAUAAACGGAGUACAAUAAGAUUUUGAAACAUUUUAUUAGACAUGUGGUUAAUGACCAUAUACAGAAUUUGAUAAGGAAUGGAGUGACAUGAACGAAGACAAUGCAAAACAGAAAUUUACACAGUGAUGAAAGAAGAAAGCAAAUUGUUAUAUUGCAGCAUCCAUCAUAGUUUGUCAUAUAAAUCCAAAGUUCAGUUGAUGGACAGUCCACAUAAAGGAAUAUUUUAUUGGUUUACUGGUAAACGGCAAUAGUAUAUGAGUUUUUUUAGUUUGAAAUUACAAAUAAGCUGAUAAUCAAUGUUGUUCAAAUAAUGCAACGAUAUUUUUACCUAAAUCAGUUUAGGCUCUUGCCUGAUGGACCUCACUGGGGACGAAGUAGUGAUAUAAUCAUUUCCUUUAAAUAAGCAAAAAAAAAAACAAUCUGAACCCUGUAAUCAUGUAUCGCAUUGGAAACGUUAAUUUUAACUUAGGAAACUAUAUAUUUUACCGAUAAUUACUGUUUAUUGAGGAAUUACCUUAUUAAAUCUAGGUAAGUUGACUAUGGUGAGAAAUAUAUUCCUGUAAUGUAAACAUAUUCCUGUAUUAACGGCAUCAGAUUUAGGGCAUAAUAAAGUGUCGAACCUAUCAUAUCGAACCAUCUGCAAUAUUGUUAAGGAAAUGGAAUAUCGAAAGCUAGAAACACACACUUAUAUGUAUUUUAAUAUUGAUAUAGUCAGAGAUAUGACUUAAGAAACGCAAGUAAUAAAACGAUUUAAAUUAGGCUGAUGUGUAUAA